AUCUUUUUUUUUUUACGAGUCAUUUAGUUCAUCUUGCUCCUUUAAACCUCUAAUUACCAUCAUAGCGUAUAUGGAAAUCACCUGAAAAAAAAAGGACAAACUUGGACCAGAGAACUCAUGAGAUGAACUGCUCAAUUCUCUUUCCUGUGUAAUGCACUGUACAGUGUUUAUGUAAGUCACGUGAUAAAGGAACGAACGACACUCGGACUAGAAGAGCCGAGAGCAGGAUCUUCAUCGGCAGAUGAUGAUAGUAGAGAAGAUGAGUGUAAAGACUGUGAGUAAUGAACAGUACAGAUGAAGUAGAUGAGGAUGACCAGCUUCUUAAUUAUGCCAUCCAACUGAGUCUUCAAGAGUCUUGGAUCAAUGAUUUCCCAGCAAGUGUGGAAAAUCAGAAGAUUUUUGAUGCAAUCAAAAGGGGUGAUCUGUAUACGCUGCAGGAGAUGUCGGAAUACCCGGCUGCAUUUACUGAGGUGGAUGCUAAAGGCUGGUACCCGCUACACAGGGCAGCAGUACAGCAGUCAGUACAAGUGCUGGAGAGAGUGAUAUAUGCAUCUUACAGGCUGACCCUUGAUGAAGAAACAGCUGAUAGAGAGACCCCCUUGACUCUGGCCACUCAAGCAGGAUUGGUAGAGAUUGUUUGCACUUUGCUGGAUCAUGGAGCAUCUCCUCAUAGAACCAAUGGCAGGAAUGAGUCUCCGCUAUUACUGGCUGUAAGAACAGAUUCUUAUGAAAUAGCAUUAGCACUUAUAAAACGAGGUGCACUGGUGAACCAGGUCUGUCUGAAGAAGUGGACAGCUGUGCAUGAGGCUGCUAAAGUGGGCUGUGUUGACAUCCUAAAGCUUCUACUGCAGCACGGAGGUCACGUCUCAGAGACAGAUCAGCAUGGCGUGACCCCAAUGGGUAUCGCGGCAGAAUACGCUCAGGCGGAAGUCCUCGAUAUCCUCAUUCACAAUGGUGGUGAUGUAAAUGCUCAGGCACCAAAUGGAGACAGUGUUCUCUAUGAUGCUGCUGGUUCUGGUAAUCCAGACUGUAUUGACCUUCUUCUCCAAAAUGGGUCCAAUCCCAACAUCGCCAACCUCUCCUCACAGCUCCCUAUUCAUCGAGCUGCUUAUGAAGGGCACUACCUCGCAUUGAGGAUGUUGGUACCUAUAACCACAAGAAGAGCUCUGCGCCUUGCGGGUCAGAGUCCAGUUCACUCAGCAGCAGAUGGUGGCCAUGCACAAUGUCUCCAGCUUCUACUGAAGAAAGGCUUUGAUGUUAAUUCUCUUCUUGACCAGCAUAUAUCUGAAAAUUAUGGCGAUAUGAGGAAAAGUGCCUUGUUCUUCUGUGUUUCUAAUGGAGAUGUGACUUGUACUCAGUUGUUACUCAGAGCUGGGGCUAAACCUGACCUGGAUCCUCUGAGCUGUCUUCUGGUGGCAGUGAGAGCUGGCAGAUAUGAGAUAGUCAAGCUGCUUCUGGCCAAUGGCGCUAAUGUGAACUACUGCUUCACAGUGGUCAAUGACACUCUUUUCCCGACCGCGCUACAGUAUAGCCUCAGGGAUGAGAUGAUGAUGCGGAUGCUACUUAAUAGCGGCUACGAUGCUGACAAAUGCUUUGUCUGCCAUCAUGACUCAACAUGGACUGACCGAAGUCAUCAUUCAGACCAUUCAAACGACAAGAUCCCAUUUUGUGACUUCAUCAGUGUCUCAUGGCUGGUGCAAUAUGCAGGAAAAGCUGUGCAGGUUCUUUUGGACUAUGUCGGCCAUGUCCCAAUAUGUUCAAAACUGAAGAUGGUUCUGCAGAAGCAUAAAGAAUGGCCAGAAAUGUGUCACAUUUUAGGAAACCCUCGGUCACUAAAGCACAUGUGCAGACUUUUGAUCAGAAGACAGAUGACGCCAAGGAGACUGGGAGACCAAGGCAUUAUCAACUCCGCUCCAUUCCCACCUUUACUAAAGAAGUACUUGAUGUAUAGGGAGCAUGACCUGUAUGGCAGCUUAUGUGCAGAUGAAUGAUCAGAUUAUAUCAGGAAACAGAAAAACCCCCAAAACAAAACAGGAACUCAUACAAUCUCGUAAAGAUGAUUUAAGGCAGAACGCUUACCUCUCAAACCUGUUUAAAAGAGAGCGAUUGCUUUGAUAAACGAUAGCUAAAAUGUUAAACUGUCCUUCGAUGGAAGUAAUAUUGCGUCUGUAUAAAGUAAACAGAGUGAAAUAUUUCACAGUCUUAUAUUAAAAAUUGUAUUAAUGGAGCAUGCUUUAAAACGCAGCUUCCUGGUGCUAUGAUGAAUGACCACAUUGUUUCAUGUGCAUUUGAAGGUUUGUACUUAAUUAAUAAUUUUACAAAUACCAAUGCUGUCCCCUGAUUUUUUAUGCUGGUUGCAAGUACAGUGGUCCCCAAAAAGUUGCAAAUUUUGGAUGCACCCCCGCAGCCCCUAUGGACCUUUACGUAUUUCAUUAAUGUACCUUAAUUAAUCCAUCUAGACAUUGUCACUUUAAUACAAUUAUGUGUUUUGAACAUUUUUAUGAAAUUUGUUAGUGAAAACAUAGUUUAAAAAUGUUAUUCCUAACGUUCCUGCACAUUCGGGCCCGCUGCUGAUUCCCGGCAAUAAGAUUUGAAGAUAAUCCGCAACUUGCUAUUAGUUAGGUUCCAAAUGAGAACCCGCAAAUGUUCCGAGACAGAAUUAUCAGGGGUUUUCCGUACACAGUAACGUUGUUUCUGUAAAUAAAAUCUUCAUUUUACAUUAAAGUCCUGCUCAGUCCA